UCUUUCAAUUUUUGAAUGUUUGAAAAUACAUUGGUGCGCGUGUCUUCUCCACAUAGUUUGUAAGCAUGUAAAAGCCCAGGACACAAGAGGAACGCGCGCUCACUUAUCUGCGAAUUCAAACUUUAUUCUCUCUUUCCCUCUUCGCUCUAUCACACACUCUCACCCCUCAGAUCCAUCUCCACAAACCCUAAAUUUCUCCUUCCGACGACAUUCGGAUAGUGCAACCUUUGUCUCAACGUAUGAACGAGGAUUGCAAUUCUGGAACAGCGUCGAUGUUGUCCUCCCCCAAGAAUUCCAAGAUCGCGGGGGAGAAGCGAGGAAGCACUCACGUCGAACACAACACUCAUAAACGAGUCAAGAUAAAAGAUCUUGACUCCCUUGUUAACUCAGCGGAAACUAAUAGCGGUUAUUCGGAGUUUAAAACCAUCAAGGAAAACAAUGUGCAGUGGUCAUUGGGUGCCUCGGAGUCUUCUCAACAAGGGAAAAUAGGAAGGAACGCGUGUCCGGAAGUGGUGAAUUUUGCGGCUAGUCCUUUGGAUCUUAACGCUGAAGCAUGCAAGAGUGGGGCCUAUGUUGAGAAUUUUUCCGAAGAAUCUUUGACUGAGAAGCAAGAAAAAGGACAUGAUAAUUUAGUAGUUUCAAGGGGAAUUAAUGUGGAUCUGAAUGCAGAAGAUGUUUCAAGCUCAGUGAAUUUGGAACCUGCAAGUUCCUCUAGAGGGCGCAAUCCUCUUAAGAUGAAAGAUGUAUCAGAGAGUGGAAGCUGUGUUGGACCUUUGGAGGAGAAAGAUCCAAUGACGAAAUGGCAGCAAAUGAAGGAAUAUGGCUUUUGGUCACCCUCUCACGCUGGUAUUCCAAAGCCGAAACAACGUGGGAGGAAAAGUAAGAGUGAAAUGCUAAAGAAAAAGAUGGAACUUGCAAAGAGGGAACAGGUUAACCGGUUUACCAAGAUUGCUGCUCCAAGUGGACUGCUGAAUGAGUUGAACCCUGGAAUUAUAAAUCAUGUGAGAAAUAGAAAACAAGUGCUUUCAAUUAUUGAGAAUCUUGUAAGGUCUGAAAAACAUGAAAGCACAAGCAUGCCGAGCAAGCAAGCAGCACACCGAAUACAUGGAAGUUUAGACGUUAGUAAGAGGGAUAAAGACAAUGUGGCCGAUGAGGAAGGGGUCCUACAUAGCUCUUCAGGGAACAAACAAGCACGAAAAUUUCCUGUAACAGCGAAUGAUUCUUCUUUCCUUAUUUUGGAGGGUAAAGUCCGUGAUCAUGACGCUAGCACUGUAGAGAAAGGAAGUCUUAAAAGUUGUAUGACACAGUCAACAAAUGUUGUGGAGGAUGAUGUUUUGGCUCUGAAAUUGUCAUCUGAAACUAGGGCAUCCACGAGUUCUACCAAUUUGUCAAACGACGAAUCUUCUAAUGUCACAACAGUUUCAUCUCUUUCUCUAAAAGCUGCUACUGUUGCUUCUCAAUGGUUGGAGCUUCUGCAUCAAGAUAUCAAAGGGCGCCUUUCAGCUUUGCGACGAAGUAGGAGGAGAGUUCGAUCUGUUAUCACUACUGAGUUACCAUUCCUUAUAUCAAAAGAAUUUGCUAAUAACCAAGAUUGUGAUCCUUACAUUAUGAAAAUGUUUGAGGGACUACCCACUAGCCAAAUUGCAGAUUUGCAUGGGGCAAGAUGGACUGCUUUGUUUAAUCAUAUGGAUGAAGCACUUUCAAAAGAGGAAAAGCAACUAGAGUGUUGGUUGAAUCAAGUGAAAGAAAAGCAAUUGUUGUGUGACCAGGGCAUUCAACAUGUAAAUUGGAGUGUGGCUUUUGGUUUACAACAGCUGGGAAAUUCUGAAAAUAAUUCCAGAGCAUCGACAUUUAAUAGCUCCGAGAAAGAGUUAGCAGUGAAUGCGGCUGCUGCUUCCAUAUAUUCAACGUGUAAUUUUCUACUGUCCGAGAGCUAACCUGUAUCUGAUUUAGAGUUCAUGCAUCUAAUUAUUUCAUAUCUUUUAAUUUUUCGUAAUUUAUGAAUUACUAUCAAUUGCUAGAAAAUGUCAUGGACACCUAGAAAAACUAAAAUAUAGGCCCCAGUGUAUGAGAGAAUCUUGAUAAUUAUGAUUGUAAUUUAAGUUGUGGAAUAUAAUUUA